AUGCAUGGCAUCCUCCUUCUCGGGGGCUUCUUUGGCACCCUCGCCGCGGCACAACCCUACAACUAUGGCGCCGACAUCCAAUCCCUGACUCGGAGGCAAGACACCAGUGAUCGCGUGGUCAUCAAGCCGCUGCCGAUAAUUCGCAAUGGCACAAUGCCCCUGAGAUACGAGAUCCGAGAGAUGAAGGCCGACCGCUACAAAUGGGACUUGUUCAUUCUGGCCCUGAGUAUGUUUCAGUACACCAGUCAGGACGAUCCCAGGUCGUGGUACCAGAUUGCCGGAAUCCACGGUGUUCCCUUUGAACCAUGGAGCGGUGUCGAGUCUGUGGAGGGGGGCAACAUGUCUGGAUACUGCAUGCACAGCUCGGUUCUGUUUUCCACAUGGCAUCGCCCAUAUCUCGCCCUCUUCGAGCAAGAACUGUACCAAAAAGCCAAUGCCAUUGCCGGCAUGUUUCCUAAUGGGACAGAGCGGCAAGCAUAUCAAGAUGCUGCCCGUAGCUUCCGCAUGCCGUACUGGGAUUGGUCAUUGGAGGCCCCCGAAGGGGAUGAGCAUUUUCCGGGAGUUUUUUGGAACGCUACCAUCUCUCAAUACGGUCCUCGAGGUAUCCAGCUCGUCAGAAAUCCUCUAUAUUCAUACUACUUUCAUCCAAAAGAUGAAGAAGCGUUCAUCUGGACCCCGCUCAAUACCUGGGAUGAGACAAAGAGAGCUCCAAAUGUGAAUAUCAGCGAAAACGCUCCUCCAUCGAACAACAGCCUGGUCAAUGCAGCCCUUCUGGCAGCGUUACCCGAGAUUCAGCAGCGUCUGCUCGGCCUCUUCUCCAAUUCGAAAAACUUCAACGAUUUCGGGACCAAGGUAUGGUCAGUAACUAACAAUAUUUCAGCGGCGGACUCGAUCGAGUCAAUCCAUGACAUUAUUCACAUCAAUGGUGGGCUUAAGGGCCACAUGACAUAUGUGCCCGUAUCUUCGUUUGAUCCUCUAUUCAUCCUCCACCACACCAUGACAGAUCGGCUGUUGGCCAUGUGGCAGAUACUCAAUCCAGACGCGUGGAUGACCCCUAUGCCAUCUGGUGAAACUACUUUUACAUCUAUUGCGGGCGAAAUGCAAGAUUCUACAACUCCGCUGACCCCAUUCUUCGCCUCAGAGGAUGGCACGUUCUGGAACUCGGACAUGGCAAGGACCACGGAAGCCUUUGGGUAUUCUUAUGCCGACACGGACUCUUCAGGGAAGAGGGAGGACGAACUUCGUGACGAGUUGACGAGGAAAAUCACGGAGUGGUACGGAGAUAGGGGCUGGAUCGCGGCGCUGGAACGGAGUCAACACACUCAGGGUCCCGCGCAAGAAAAGCGGCAUGACAAGGUGAGGGGUGGGCACCUGAGUGGCAUCAGACCCGAUGUCACGGACAAUGCUCCAGACCCACCAGCCUCAGCAGUUAUCAAGAAUGGGCGGUACAUGGAUUGGGUUAUUAACGCGCGAGUCAAUAUCGAGGCGUUCGCAGGCAACUUUCAGGUUCUCUUCUUUAUUGGACCACCACCAAUAGAUGCAAGCCAAUGGCUUGCUGCCAGGAACCGAGCUGCCAAGGUCACGUUCAUGGGCACUCGUCACCAAACGGGUUCGAAGUCGAUGAUGGCUGGAUCGUCACCUCUGACAGCGGCACUGGUGAAGUUAGUGGGGGCAGGAGAGAUCCCCAGCCUGGAUCCAAAGCAUGUGGUGCCGUUUCUCGAAGAAAGGCUGCAGUUUGCGGUACUUGGGGGCCAAGAUACAGAGGUCAAUACCUAUGAGCUGGAAGGCUUGCACAUUACCAUCAACAGCGGGGAGAUGAUGGUGCCAGAGAAGGGGAGUCUACCACAGCAAGGUCCCCUGGCAUGCAGGAUGAAGCUUUGGCCUGACAAGUCGUUGUGUUAG